AUGGCACCAACAUACACCGCCAGGAUUGGUGAGCGCGCAUAUCGAUAUCGCUAUCACUCAGGUGGCAGUUCCUUAAGCGGCGGUGGGAUUGGAGGAGUGGUGAUCGGUGCCAUCGUUGUUGUGAUGCUCGCUAUCUUCAUCGGUGUCUUCUGGUAUGAAUAUAAUAAAGCUCAAACCCUCAACAUCCAACGCGGUACCCCCAACGCCCCAAUCCGCAAAGGGCCUAUCUUCAGCACCGCCUUCUGGACCGCCCUCACGUUUGGACUCGUCGGUCUCUUCUGCGCAUCAUGUCUUGCCUCUAGUGAUAAUGUCACUGGAAAUAAUGAUGGUGGCGGCAGCCAAGACCCUUCUCAAAUGCCUGAAGGCGGUGAUACGCCUGGGAUCAGCCCGCCGCAGAUGGGCUAUCAACAGAAUGUCGAUUGGCCUACUCUUCAGUCCGCAGCUACGGAUCCUAUUCAGACGGCGCCGAUUGAUGAUAGUUAG